GCCUCUGUUUACCUUCGAUAUUGCCUGUUCGUGACUAACAUUUGCUCUUCGAACCACGACAAAAACAGCCGUUGUUGAAAUUUAUGUCAAAUUCAGCCUGGUUAAUUGACAAACUAAUAUAUAUAAUACAAAAAUAAUUAACAUAAAUACGAAAAAUUACCACCCGUUUAAUGAAUAUAAAAACGACAAACUAGCACGUGUUUAAUGAUAUAUAUGUAUACAUUUAUAAAGUUGGCACAAUGUUUCAUUUAUUUGAGGACUUAAAGUAAUUCAACCGUUAGAACACAUGACAGAAAGCCAUAGAUAUGGUUGAAUGUUUUAUUAAAACUGUCGUUUAUUUUUGUAAAAUAGACACCUUAUGAAAUGUCUUAAAACGGGUCGUAAAGGCAUAAUAUAACCAUUUUAUAUUCAGUUAUUUUAAAAACGAAUUUAAUAUCUUAUUUCCUUAUGGUACACUGCAAUAUUGCUCAAAUAAGACAUACAAACAAGUUAUGGUACAUUAGUAAUCAAACUAAGUCUAAAAGAGCAUGAAUUGCAGUCGUCCUGUUUAAGGUUAGGAACGACAUAGACGUGACUGCUUGUUGUGGUAGGACAUAUUUAAGGUUGUACUUUUAUAACGCAUGCGCAUUAGCCUCUGUUUACCUUCGAUAUAUCGUGACUAACAUUUGCUCUUCAAACUACGUUGUCGAAAUUUAUGUCAAAUUCAGUCUGGUUAAAUGAAAAACUAACACGUUUUUAAUUAGCAUUAAAACGACAAAUUAGCACCCGUUAAAUGAACAUAAAAACGACUAGCUAGCACGUGUUUAAUGAACAUUAAAAGCGACAAGCUAGCACGUAUUUAAUGAACAUAAAAACGACAAGCUAGCACAUAUUUAACGAACAAAACAAACAUGUUUACAUCGCAAACGUCGUCAUUCCAGGAUUCCAUUGACGUGGAGGAGAGAGAAGACUUCGACAACGAGGACAUUUCAGGCUACAACCAGAAGGUUCAAUUGAACUGCUAUUACGCCAUCUAUCUGUACCAGGGCACAAGAUCUGAGGCUACUGGGGAAAAUGUGUCUUGGAAGCAAGGGCGAGCAGACUCCACAAGCAGUCAGGAGGACUUUAGCUUGACCCUGAUUGACAGCAGCCUGCCAAUGGAGGCGGAACCAGAGCUGCGUACGUACAUCUCCAGGAGGCUGAGCAAAGGAGCCCUGCUCGGAGGCAUGGGCAACAUCGCCACGGUGGAACUCAGUGUUCCAGAGCAGGCAGUGGGCUGCUACUGUUGCCUCCUGGAGCAGGAAAGUUCCCCCGACCAACCCGAUGCAGACGGCAACGGAUACGUCAUCUGCUUCCUGGGAGGUUCCGAAAAAGGACUCAACUUAUAUAGGCUGGAGCUUGACAAAUACGUCCAAGGCCUUCACAGCAGCCUGCAAACACCAGAGCUGCAGAACUUGGAGACAGAGCUGCGUCCCUACCUGAGUCGCUGGUACGUGUCGGUGAUGCACGUUCAGCGCGUGGUGCAGCUGGUCCACUGCAACAUCAGCUUCCUGCUGCACGCUGCCCUGAGUCACAAGCAGGUGGACGUGACCAACGCAGACCAGAGGACCAAGGCGGACGUGUCCAGGUUCAUCAAGGCAGCGAGCCUGCAGGGUCUAUCUCACGGGGACACCACAUCAGCCUCUCUGUGUAAAGCCAUGUCUGAUGACACCCACUAUGACCUCAUCAUUGACUGCUCACUGAGCCCGCCCACCCUCGCCAACACCAGAAGUAAUCGUUUCUGCGAUGACUGGAGUCAAGCCUUCCUGAACGCCGCAGAACGGGAACCCUUCUUACUCCGACAGAUCCUGGAGAACUUCAAACUUAAGGCCAUCCAGGACAUGAACAGCCUCAAGCGCUUUGUGCGGCAGGCGGAGAUGAGCCACUACGCUCUGUUCCGCUGCUGCCAGUUCCUGCAGAGCUGCGGCAACGGCGACGUGCUGCUGCAGAACGCCAAGGCCGAGCACAGCGACCUGCCUGAGGCCUGCCGCAUCAUCAACGUGCUGGAGGAGUUCCUGGGGGAGCAAUUGCAGGCCUGACGGCGCCAUGACAGCAUCAUCCAGGUUUAACACUACAUAGAUGGGGACGGGUCUUUUAUUUAAGGUGCAAUACUACGCUUAGUGGGUAGUGACAGUUUGUCUCAGUGAAUAUGACAUCAUUGCUAAUUGUCGCAUAGAAUUUAAUGUUUUAAACUAAGACAUAUUCUACAGUAAUAAUUUUUGUCUGUUAAAAUAUGGUCAAUGUGUGAAGUUGCAAUUAUUUUGAAGUGCUUUUCCAUUUGUUGUAGUAUAAAGGAUCUUUGAUUAAGGGAUAGACACAACAGAUUUAUGCAUAAGCUGCAAACAAA